GAGAGAGGGAGAGCGAGAGAGGCAGUUCUGAGCAUGCGUAGUAGUAGUGUGGAUAAGGGUCAGUGUAGUGUUUACGGUACUAUGGUCUCCUAAGUGUUGAGUUGGCACUCGUGUAACCCCCUUUUUCGAAACUUCCCCACAGCAUUUAUGGAAGUCUGACACCAUGAAUCGCCCAGACGGACUCAUCCAGCGGAGGAAUGUGCCGAAGGACGCGCAGGAGAGCAACAGAUUAAACGACAGCGACGAUGAGAAGAAGAGUAGGAGACACUCGAGCGGAGGCGGCGGCGACGAGGAUGACAUGGAAGACGGCGAUUCCAAGGAGACCAGAUUGACCCUCAUGGAGGAGGUCCUCCUGCUCGGCCUCAAGGACAAGGAGGGUUACACUAGCUUUUGGAAUGACUGUAUUUCUUCUGGUCUUCGUGGAUGCAUACUAAUAGAAUUAGCACUAAGAGGAAGGGUUGAAUUAGAAAAAGCUGGACUUCGACGAAAAUCUUUAUUAAACAGAAAGGUUUUACUACGGUCUGAACAACCUACUGGUGACGUGCUGCUUGAUGAAGCUUUAAAGCAUGUGAAGGAGACAGAUCCACCUGAAACUGUACAGUCCUGGAUUGAGUACUUGUCAGGAGAGUCGUGGAAUCCUUUGAAGUUACGUUAUCAGCUACGGAAUGUACGGGAGCGUUUAGCAAAAAAUCUGGUGGAAAAAGGAGUGCUAACAACUGAGAAGCAGAAUUUUCUCGUCUUUGACAUGACAACGCAUCCACUUACAGACAAUGUGAUGAAAACCAAAUUAGUGAAGAAGGUACAAGAUAGUGUAUUAAGUCGUUGGGUUGGGGAUCCCCAGAGGAUGGAUCGAAGGGUAUUAUCCCUUAUUUACCUUGCCCAUGCUUCAGAUGUACUGGAAAAUGCCUUUGCUCCACUCUCUGAUGACGACUAUGAGGUUGCUAUGAAGCGCGUUAGAGACCUCCUUGAUUUAGACCUAGAUGUGGAAGCAGCAAAGCCAAAUGCCAAUGACUUGAUGUGGUCAGUCUUUGCAGCUUUUAUCAAAUAAAUUCCUACAUGAUGUGAAGUAAAGGAUUUUAAUUAGUGCCUGUGAUUAUAUCUUUUAUUGGAAGGAUUGAUGGAAACAAGAUCUAUUUAUAUAAAAGUUAUUGUGAUAAGGUUGGAAUAUUUUCAUGAUAUCCCAUUGACGAUUAUAACUUGUUUUAGUCUUCAUUCUUAAAUAGAGGUUUGUAAUAUGUAAAAUUCUAAUUGCUAUCAGAUGUGUGUAGCUAAAAACAAAGGAGGAUUAACUAUUGCUUAUAGUAUUCCCUUCAGUAGCAGAAACUACGGUUCAUGUCAUGAAACAUUACUGAUCCAGUAGUCUUUAUUUGCAGGCAAAUAACCUUGCUGAUUCAUUGUUUGUAAAGAAUCCUUUUAGAGCUGGAUAGUUGGUCAGGAUAUAUGUGAGGGGCAUAGUGCAGAAAAUUGUGUCUCAUGGAUGCCAUUUAAUUUAUUUCAAAUUUUUAAGAUUUGUGAAAUGCAAGAAUUUUAUCUUCAAGUUUUUUGGUCAGCAGAUUUUCAGCCUUUUUAAAAUAAAAAAAAUUCAUUACUGAGGCCUCUUUUAUGGAAUGUGUACUGAGACAGGUAUGUCACAUCAAACUUCUCUACGAGUUACCAGAGCUUUUAUUAAAAUCUCCAUUUGUCAUGUUCUGUUUUUAACCAUGUGUACUUUAAUAUUAAAGGUGACUACUUAUUGAAAAUAUGAAAUGAGGAAACUGUCACCUCCUUCAGUUCAUUUUUGUACGAUAAUCCAUCUGUAAACUGAAGUAAUUAUGUUAGUUUGGUGGCUUUACUGAUAAAACAUGUACAUAAGAACAUUGGGCAUUUUUUAUUCAGAUUUACUGUGAAGAGAUUUUAAAUUAUGCAGUAGCAAUAUUAUACUGUAGUAUUGUUAUAAUAAAGAUCUUUUACAGUAAGAAUAAUCAUAAUCCUAAGAAUUUUCCUAACAGUCUACCAGAAAUUCUAAAAAGAAUAUUAAGUUAGAAUUGUUAUUAGAACAUGGAUAUUUAAGCAUCAUACUCUUAUCUGGAAAAUAACUAAUAUGGUUUCAUUAUGAAUGCUGCCGCUCGGUAUACUGUACUACUGUGCUUUUUGUUCUAAAGUGCGUAAGUUAUCAGCGCAUUACAGUAUUUUAUAUCUUGUUAUCUUUACUAUUGACAGUAAUAUUGUGUAGGGUGAGGUUUGUUAGUCUAGGUUGUGUGUGCAUGUGUUCUCAUUUCACCAGACCCUGCAUGGUUGUGAUGUGGCAGCAGUGAUUAUCAAUGAUUUUGACAGGGGGCUACACAACAUUUUGGUAUUGCAAAUUUUUUUUAUUACAAAAUUGUAGAUUUUAUUCAUAACUCAAUUUUUGUGUUUCAAGACUUACAAUGCAUUCUUAUUAUACAUGACACUACUCUGGAUAACUGCUAAACCAAGAAAUUUGAUCAAAUUUUUUUUUCAGCAUUGGCUGAGGGGGUGAUGUUAGAACUUUUCCAAAAGUGAUCUGGUUUUGAUGUUCACAUACCUAACUAGCUGUACAGCAAUUGUUAGUCCAGUCAAUGUAUAAAUCCUUCCUUCUGCAUUCGGUGAUUUUUGUUUUCAAGUUUUUAUUUGGUUAUCAAUGUUGAAGUUAUUGUUUUUUAUAUGUAGUAAUAUUGAAGCCUGUCUGACCAAUAUAUCGUAAUUGGGAGUAAUUAUACAUUCAUCAAGCUACUCAGUAAUGGGUGAGAAAUAUCUUUGGUCAUGCUCUUCUUUUUUUUUUUUUUUUCUUUUUUUUUUCUGGCAUAAACUGUCUCAUUUUCCUGCAUAAAAGAAGUAAGGGUCAUUCCUUAGUAAUGGAUUGAAAAUGUAAUUUCUGUUUAAUUUUUCUUAUCAGUAUUCAGUGUUUUUGUUUUUGUUUUAUGGUACCAUAUUUGCUAUCAUCAUAAGUAUUUUAUUAUUUUUAUAUGAAUCUUUACACAUGGUUAUUUCAUUACAUUAAUUCAUCACUAAUAGUAUAUUUUUGUGACAUUUCAUUAUGUAAAUAGCACUAGCAUUUGUAUUGUCAGAAGUAUACUCCCAUUCUUUGACAACACUACCAUGCAGGAUUAUGAAAAGUUUAUUAGUUAAAGGAUUGCUGUUAUAAACAUGGUGAUGGAACUAUGCCCAUAGGCAUGUAUUUUUGAUGGGACUUGUAUAUUCUUAGAAAGCUGCCAUUACCUAUACAUGUAUGUAAAAGAGAAAAAUUGGAAAAGGGAAGAAAUUUAGGUGUAUUUUAUUUAUUAAAUUAUUCUUUAAGCUUUGUAAGGCUUACCUCCCCCUUGAAAAGGGAUUUUAAUUUCACUUGACAGUAGCAAAGGUGUUUGGCUUUACAGUGAUUAUUUUUAGUCGAGUGGUAACAAGAAAAUAAUUAAGCAAUGGUGACUUUCUGUGAACCUCUGUAUCAGAUUGUUCAUUGAAAUAUGGCAUUUCCUGGCACUACAGGGGUACAUUAAAACUUAAUUUCUUCUUGUAGCUUUGUACAGUUUGAGUGUCUAUUUACUUAAUUAUAUGAAGUUUCCAUUCAUCAAUGCUACUGUGCACUGUUCAGUAACAUUAACUCUAUAAAAUAAAGGGAAACAUAUAGCAAAUAGGAUGCUAAUACUGUACAAAGAUUAUAAUCGGUUACCAGAAGUUUGGUUUUGUUUGCUAUAUUUCGUUUAUACAAUAAUGGUUGUAGCACUGAAAGUGCUGUACAGGUCUUGGUUAUACCAUCUUGUAACCAAUUGUGUUUAAAUUCCUCCAUAAUCUUUUCAUGUGUUUUUGAGAAUUUGGCCCAUGUUGACUGACCAUUUGAAAGAAAAUAAUUUUAGGUGUCAUCAAAAGUCAUAGAGGAAAAUUGAAAGAUGUGUGAAAUUGCAAUAACGAGUGUUUUGAAAAUUCCCUAAUUUCUGUGAACACCAAGUAUAGUGUCUUUCAGUUUGUCUGGGGGUAACUUUUAAGGAAGAGGCUCUUUGCUCUACUCUAGAUUAAAGUUGCACAAAUUUCUUUAUAAACAUGGAAGUGGUAAAACAAACUUUAUCAAUACAUUUUUUCUUCAAAAUCUUAAUGAUAUUGGUACAAUGGGUUAUUGUAGAGAAAAGUGUUGGUCAUAUUUUGCCUGAAUAUACAUUUCUUGAAAUGGUGAAGCAAAUUAUUUUUAAGUGAAGAGGUUCUAGGCUAGAAACAAAUAGUAGUACCAAAAGUUUUUAACUUAACCAAAUGAUCCAAACUUUUUCAUCUGGGUCUACUGCUCAAAAAAAAGUGAAUUAAUGAAUGACAAUAUAUAAAUAAUAGAAUUUUAGCACAGCUUCAGUACCAUAAAAUACAAUGUAUAUGAAGUACUUUGAGAACCUUUACCUUUUUAAAAUGAUGUACCCCUGAGUUGGGGUCUUGAGCAGUGUGUUGGAAGACUGACACAAUACGUACGUCGGGGUAUAAGGAAUUUUUUUUAUUUUUUUUUUUUACACAAGUAAUGUGGAUAGUUUUGAAAAAUGUUCACCAUACUGAUAUAAAUUUUUUUCUAUAACCACUUACUAAUUUUGCCCAUUAUGGUGCAGUUCUACUUGUAAUAUCCAAGUUUCUUGUAUUUUAUACUUAGAUAAGUUUUUUGUAGGAUUUUGGUUUUGGGGCAUUUUAGAUUUGGUAAAUUUCUACUUUUAUUUCCAAGUCACUUUGCAUAUGUUGCAUAUACAGUAUAGUAUAUAUAUAUACACAUAUAUAUUAAUUUUUACCCAUGCAAAGAAUUACCUGUAAUAAAAUUGCAUUUAUAAAAAAAAGAUAAUGCAGGGAAUUGUACAUUUGUUUGUAUUUGGUUUGACUGUAUUUUAUGGGUUGAUAGUUUGAUAUUCUGCAUGAAAUGCAACCAUAUUUUUUUAAUUCUAAAAAUCUAUGAUGAUGGAAAUUUGGUUUUGAAAAGUAUAGUUCUUGUCCAUGGCUUAUACCAUUCCUUGUACCUGUUGGAAUGACCUUUAUAUCAGUUUAUUAAGAUACCCAGUAACAGUGAGGUCCAAAGUUUUAAAUUACUUAUGCAGCUGUAUUCAUUCUUUAGAUUUCAACAGCCUUAGGAAAUUACAUUUUUAGUAAAUGUAUCAGACAUUAUAUUAACCUCAUGGAAAUUUAAUAGAGCAAGGUAACAUCUCAGACAAUACAGUGGCCAUUUAUAAAUUUUCCACCAAUAGUUAUGAACCCUCUGUGGCCUUGCUCAGCAUGAGGAUUCUUGAUAGUUAUUGACAUUUCUUACGUAGUUUCAAGUGAUUUGAAGUACUGAAACAAUUACCCUAGAAGGUUAUCUUACAUUAUUGUUUAAUGAUAGUGUAAGUUUAAUUCAGUUUAGUAAACACAUGGGCCAUUAAGAGACUUCUUUGUCUUGUCAUACUACGAGUACAUUUAUGCCUUUGGGUGAAGGUAUUUUUUUAAAUAAAGGUUUAGUUAACAAUGCAGAAACUAUUGUACAAGGUUGUGAAAAUUUAAACAAAAAGAAGUCAUGACAUUAGUUUGAAUUAACCAGAAUAAAAAAUAAAACUUAAUUGCUGCUUGCUUGUGAAUAUGUACAAUAUUGGCAUUUAUUCAAAACAACCCACUGCAGUAUCUGAACUAGAAGCCUUUUGAAAUUGAGAACUGCUAAACAGUAACAUUUUGUAAUUUUACUUGAUAAGUUCAUUAUUUAAGUAGUUAAUGCCAUACAAAUUUUUUUCUAUUAUAAAAAGCUAUAUUAUAGAGACAUGAAAGUUUGGAAUUCAAGUCUUUAUUAUGCAAGAAAAUUCCCCAGGUGCUGCCAGAAAAUACCUUAAGCAUUCCAAGUUAGAGGGACAAUGUUUGGCAAUGUAUUUAUCCCAUUGUUUUGUCAUAUGAAAUAAGCAUAUUAAAUACUGCACUGACUGAAUCUAUUUGAUAAUAAAAAUAUAUUGUUA